AUGCCGCGAAAGGCGCCUACAUACGAGGACUACGGCUCUGCCGUCAGCGAGAUCAUUCUCUCCUCGACCGACUCCGACUUCCUCGACCAACUGAUUCCAAUCUUGAAAGAUGCAUCUCUUAGUAGUAGGACGACCUCGCUCGUACAGAGUCUCUCACAAUAUGCCGAGGACCGGGAAGCCGACAUCGAGACGAUCGGCCUGACGAAGCACGAGGAGUUUCUGGGCUCCGUAAACCAGCUCCAGAAAGUUCGCGAAGGUACCGUUGCAUUGACGGCGGAGAUCCUCGAAUUGAACCAGUCCAUACAGUCCAGCACCGAGAAGUUGGCGGAGCAAAAACAAGCUCUGGUGAACACAAGGGGGGUACGACAGAACCUUGCCGACGCAUCGGACGCACUCAAGGAGUCGCUCAAGAUCCUGACUGCGGUGAAUCACGCGCACGACUUGAUUCGGAAGAAGAAUUACUACGCUGCACUCAAGUCGCUCGAGGAUCUACAAAAUGAAUAUCUGAUACCGAUCUUACAAAACAAAUAUGCAACUCAGCAUCAGCUGGCGCUGUUGAUCCAAAAGUCUAUCCCGGCGUCUCAGAAGACAAUAUCGGAGGCCGUAAUGACGGACUUGAACACUUGGCUGUUCCGCAUUCGAGAGACUUCGCAGUUCCUAGGAGAAGUAGCAUUCUACCAUACUGAAAUGAGAAGAACGCGACAGCGCGAAAGGGUAGAGAAGAAUGACUAUCUGUCCCAUUUCAAGCUCAACUCUGCAAUCGAGCUCGUCUUCGACGAAAGCGAAGAGUUUGAUGUCCUUGACAACGAUGAGGUGCAGGUGGAUUUCACUCCACUUUUUGAGUGUCUACACAUCCACGAUGCUCUCGGUCAGAGCGAUAAGUUUCGCUCCGAUUACGCAGCAACUAGACGGCAGCAGAAGGAUUUGCUGAUGCCAAGCACUGUCAACCUCGAGUCUGACGACGAUAACUCCCUGAGUAGCUUGCUUGAGGGUAUUGCCGGCUUCGCAAUCAUCGAGAAGGCGACCAUGCGACGCGCACCACAGCUGCGAACCACCGUUGAUGUGGACGAGCUAUGGGACUCAAUGUGCCAUUCUGCGAUCAGGCUCAUUUCCAGAGCGCUGAACGAAGUGACCAAUGCCGAGGUGCUUUUGAAGAUCAAGGGUGUGAUCGCUCUCUUCAUCCAGACCAUGGAAGGCUGGGGCUAUUCAGUGUCGAUGUUGGAUAACUUCCUGUUGACCCUGUUUGAUAAGUAUGCAGAACUUCUCAAGCGUCGCUUCAGUGAGGAUUUCCAGGAGAUUGUCUCCACUGAUGACUACAUGCCUAUGGCCAUAAAUACGGUGGAAGAAUAUGAGAAGGUAGUGAACGUCAGUUGGUUCACACAGGAAAAGCCGGUAGAAGAGCUCACCUUCCCCUGUGUCCUCCCGUUCUCGCAGAUGUAUCCCCUGUGCUGCAUUGAUAUCCGGAAUUUCCUCAAUCAGUUCUACUUCUUUUCUGAUGACCACUUUCAACACCCCAAUGUCAUUGAUGACACUCUCCGAAAGUCUCUAGAUGAGCUUUUGACGGAAAAAGUUUGCCAGUCGCUUGUUGAGCGACUGAGCUCGCAGUAUCUGGGUCAGAUAGUGCAGAUCCUGAUCAACCUGGAGCACUUCGAAACAGCCUGCCAGGAGUUAGAGCAGUUGCUGAUCCGAGCUCGGUCAUCAACAUCUGCUGGUGGACCUGUAACUCUGAGCGCCACAGAGCAGUUCCGGAGCAAUAAAAAGACCGCAGAGAAACGUAUAUUCGAGCUGGUCAACUCCAAGAUUGACGAUCUGGUUGAUACCGCUGAGUAUGACUGGAUGUCAACUACGCCCUCUUCCGAGCCCAGCAGUUACAUGCAGACAUUGACUAGAUAUCUGUCGAACAUUAUGAACUCCACACUGCUCGGACUCCCGCGCGAAAUCAAGGAACUUAUUUACUUUGAUGCUCUUAGCCAUGCCGCCGAGAAGAUCCUGGCACUGCCAUUGUCAUUCGAAGUCAAGCAUAUCAACCCUAAUGGGGUUGCCGCUUUGGCCAAGGACGUCAAAUUCCUCGUCGAGUUUGUGGAAGGCCUCGAGAGAGGCUUCAUGCUGCGCUCCAAUCUGGAAGAGCUUGAGCAGACCGUUGCUCUGAUGCAAUCCGAGAACCACGAUGAGUUCUUUGACAUUUCCAUGAGGAACAAGAAAUACAACCGUGUCGACGCUAUGAAUGGGCCUGUGUUACUGGAGAAACUCACGCAUACUGUUGAGGCACCUAAUCGCGCUGCACCUGCCCUAGCCAACUUCUCGUCCCGUUUCGGCUUGAGAUAA